AUGUCGCUGACCGUGUUGACUGACGCCCAAGCCAAGUCCGUGUUGGACAACUUGACGGCGACCCAGCUUCUUGGCUUCCAGAGGCAUCUAUCGAAAGCGCUUCGAGAAUACUCAACAAAUACCCAGUCCAUAGAAGAUGGAACGUAUCACCAACCUCCGAGGACUCACCACAGCAAUCCAAGGACCGGGACCACUACGUUGUUCAUGCCCUCGGUGGGACCGACUGGAAUGGGAAUUAAAGUCGUCACUCUGAGUACGCCGGGCCAACAAGUUGCACCCGCCAUAAAGCCGACGGGAGCGAUUAUGCUCUUCGCCCCCGAUGGCACGGCAACUGGAUUAUUGCAUGCGGGAGCCGUAACCGCUUUCCGAACUGCACUGGCAUCGUCUUGUCUUGUCAACUUGCGGUCUACUGUCCGAGAUAUCAUCGUCUUCGGAGCUGGCAAGCAAGCAUACUGGCACGUACGCCUGGCUCUGAUACAAAAGGGCAGCACGGCAGCGCGCGUCACCGUUAUCAACAGGAACAAAACCACCGCACAGGAAGUUCUCAGGGAUCUCGAUAACGUCCCUUCAGAGGUGAAAGCCCGCGAAGGAUGGCAGGCAGCGAAGCUCGACGUUCUUUCGCCCGACACCCCAGACUAUAAGGGGCUUCUCCAACAGCGGCUCCGGGAAGCUGAUAUCAUUUUCUGCUGCACGCCCUCGACCGAGGACCUGUUUGAUGGCAGCAUUCUUACGAGUGGGGAGGGAAGGAAAAAGACCCGGUUGGUGGUUGCUGUUGGGAGCUACACUCCAGCCAUGAGGGAGCUUCCCGAAGAGCUGUUAUUGCAGUCGGCGAAGGCGCCUCGAAACGACCCUCUUGAUGGAGGGGCAAUCGUGGUAGACACGUUGGAGGGAGUCAUGACCGAGGCUGGUGAGAUUAUUCAUGCAAAGAUUGGCCCGAGCCGUCUUGUCGAACUGGGAGAGGUUGUUGAUCUUGAUCAGAAUAGCUCUGCCGCGGGAGAGGCUAAGCACAAGGACGAGGCUAGAGCUCGAUGGUUAAGCGAGGGGAAUGUGAUAUACAAGAGUGUAGGGUUGGGCCUCAUGGAUCUGGUCGUCGGCGGGUAUCUGAUUGAGGUGGCCAGUGAAGGACACUUGGGUACUCGAAUCGAAGGUUUCUGA